AUGGCCGACACGAAGGGAACCGAUCCACUGACAAAUACCACCAAACCGAAUACAGAUGCAACGAUAACCGUCAGAAUCAUCAAAUCAUUCGAGUACCGAAACUUCAAAAACUUGGUGCUCCAUCAUCUCAACUUGGAAACGAUCAAGAUCGAUGAUCUCUUAGCUCUUUGCCAGAAACAGAUAUCAUCUGCGUCUGGUUGGAAGAUGUUCCAAAAUGUAGCACUCGAUACUUUCAAAUUGUACAGCAAAGCACAUGGGGCCAAAACCACUAAUCUGAUUAUCAACUUGGAUCACGACGACUGGAUUUUGGAGGACCGUUCUAAAUCUCUGUCGGAUUACGGCUUAGAAAACGAAUCAGAAGUCAGCUUAUUCAAUCGCACGAAUUAUGAGGCUUUCAAAGCAAACCCUCAGCAAAAGUGGUGA